AUGGAUAAGGUCCCUGUUCGAGUUGAUGAAAGAUUUAGGUUAGGAGAUGUCUUGGGAUCUGGUUCAUAUGCUGUCGUGUAUCGUGCACAGAACAUCAUCAAGGAUGAUGCAGUUGCCAUCAAACUCAAACCCAUCAGCAACUCAUCUUCCAUCCAGCAUGAAUACAAAAUUUUGAAACACAUUGAAGGUGGUGUUGGUAUUCCCCGUGUCCUUUGGUUUGGUAGGGAGUCGACGUAUCACACUCUGGUUCUCGACCUCCUUGGACCAUCACUAUACAGUCUAUUCCUUACUCACAACCAAAAAUUCAGCCUUGAUAUCAUUGUUAAUCUAGGAGACCAGCUGCUCUCACAUCUCAAGUAUAUUCACGGUGAUAUAAAACCACAGAAUGUUGUAGUGGGGCUUGGUGAUUUGAGGGACACUGCCUUCAUUAUUGAUUUUGGCAUUGCAAAGGAAUUCUGUCAAUGUCUCACUGGCACUUCUGCUUUUGCAUCGAUCAAUAAUCACUUGGGAGUGGAACCGGGUCAUCGUGACAACCUUGAGUCACUUACAUACAUGUUGAUAUACUUUUUGCAGGGCUCCCUUCCGUGGUUAACCAGUGAUGAAGAGAAACUCUCCAGCUCUUUGAUACUCGAGUGCAAGGUGAACACUACCAUUGAAGAUUUAUGUUGUGGAAUUCCUGUCAAGUUCGCAACAAUCUUCAUUUACACGCGCUCUCUUGCAUUCUCAGAGAAUCUCAAUUAUAACCACCUUCAUUCAUUACUUCAUGUGCUUACUGUGUGCUUGCUGGAUUUCAACCAGCCUGAUGUACCUCUUAUAUAUUCCCCUCCAUUAUCCAAUGAACCCUGGGUAAUUGAGGCAGUGCCUCCAUGCCCACCGCUUUGCAGAUCAACUCGUGUGUGA